AUGGAAUUGAAUGAAGUGAAUAGUGAUCAAAUUUAUGGAAUCAUAAAAGAUGCAUGCUCUAAUAUACAUAAAAACGAUACAGAAAUGGAUAUAUCAACGUGCAUAAAUCAAACAAAAGAAUAUCAAAGUAAUUUCUCUUCCGAAGAUUUUCUCAAUUUAAUCAAACAUCGUUUUUGUAAUGAUGGAUCCAGUGAUCAACAAAAUUUUGAUGAUCUAAUGUCUAUUGGAUGUAAUGAAUGCAUGGCUAUGAUAAAUUUCACUUUAGUUAUUCUUCACUCACCGAAAUUGUUGGAGAGAUUUACAGAAUCAAUAAAUAAGACAUGCUAUUUCUUGAAGUUUAUCUGGUCUGAGUGUGAACAGUUUGCCACUGAUGGUUUUCACAUGUACGUGGAUAAUCUAAAGAAGAGUGAAUCAAUAGAAGUUUGUCAGAGUUUGAAUAUAUGCCAAAAAAAGACAUCUUGA